UGUAAAGUGUAUGCAAAUGCCUUGCCAAAUUUGCGAUGUAUUUUGGUUGCUGGUUUGGAAGAACUUUCAAAAACAAAAAGAAAACAAGCUAGUUUUAUUUCUGUCGAUUGUUUUGCCUGUGAUGUCGUCCUUAUUUCUGCUAUUCACUCGCUCCUCAAGUGAUUUAAAUAUGAGAGACUACUCGAUACGAGCACAAGCGGAAAUUUUGGAGUUCAGUUGGAGCUCACUCAUAGACAAAAUCGGCGAGAGACGCGUUAAAAUGGCAAAUAAGCAGCGAAAUUUCACAACAAACGUAUUCAUACCGGACAUUCAAGUGGCAUUCGCACCCAACUCAAGUGCUGCGUUGCGGAAACUGAUGAGCGACGCCUUAGGAAGACUUUCCAUACCCAAAGAUAAGAUUGCUGACUUUGGGAACUGCAAUGACAUGCGCACCCACGCCGCCGCCGAACAUUAUUUGGCAAGUGUCUGCUUCCGGAAUGUGGAUGGGUCACUGAAUGGCCUGCCUACCGUGCUGCACUUUGCGAUAAUUCUGCCGUCAGAGCUGCGCAACUACGAGAAGAACUGGAUCGGCGACAGCUGGAAGGAAACCAGCACCCUGAUGGAUCGUGAUGACCAGGAGGACGACGAGUUCGACGAGGAUGGCUACACGGACUACAUGGGGGAGGGCUUUGUGCCGCUGCAGUACCACAUCAGCAUGGAGUUCCUGAGAAGCACAGUUUCCAAAAUGGACAAGUUACCGAAAGUCCUUAUGCGUCGAUUCAAUGAGAAUCCCAAUGUGCUGCUCUCCGAAGAAAUUGGAACUUCGGUCAUACUGCUGGUUCUUCUGGGUUUCAUGUUCCCGGUGGCCACUUCAGUUGCGAUGAUCGUUGAGGAGCGCGAGCUGGGACAACGUUAUGUGAUGGAGAUGCUCAACGCCAGCGCAACAUUGCAAAUGGCAGCGUGGUUCUUCAGUGUCUUCAUACAUUUCCUGAUUACUUCUGUGCUCAUCACAAUUUUACUAAAGAUUGAAUGGAAUGGAGCGACGGCAGCUAUGAAUAAGUGCCCCUGGUCCAUAUUGCUAUUCUUCCUCACCUCGUAUGGAUUCUCUGUGACCAGUUUGAUAAUACUAAUGACAUCGGCCAUGUGCAGACUGAAAGUGGCUAUGGUCAUGGUACCGGUUAUAUGGAUUCUACUGGCCCUGCCGCUUCUGCCGAAGAAGGAACUCCUGUCCGAUGGACCGGAUAUAUUUUACGGAUUCGCCACCGUGUUUCUGUGCAACGUAUCAUUUAGUCGGGGUCUUGCAAAGAUCUUUUACAUCGAGGACUACACGCUGGAAGUAACCAUAGGAAAGUAUUUGCUGUACAAAGUCAGUAGCUCUGAUUUCGGACUCUUUGUACCGAUCGUUUGUUUCUAUGUACAGACAAUAAUUUGCAUCCUAUUCGCGUUUUUUUUCGAAAAUAACGCCUACGUUUGGCUUGCAGUUCGUAUUAAGAAACUGCUGAAAAGGUCCACUGCUAUAAGGCGGGUGGUGGGAAGGUUGGAACACGAAAUCCCUGAAGUUAAUUCAUCAAAAACUCCACGUAAGGCUUGCAUCGAGUUCCGUGGCGUAUGGCAGAGGUAUUUCAAAUCGACGUUUGUGGUGCAAGACUUUACACUGAACGUGUAUUCCGGUGAAGUGGUAGCUCUACUGGGCCACAACUCAUCGGGAAAGAGCACCAUCGUAAAGAUCUUAUAUGGACUGAUAAAGCCUACGCUUGGCGAGAUCUACCUCUCCGGUUACAACAUAGUCACGCAAAGAAAAGAGGCCCUGAAAAAUUGCGCAAUUUCCAUGUCGUACAAAACCCUGUUCACCGAGUUCGUAGUGCUCGACCAUCUGAUGUUUUUCUCCAGGCUGCGGGGUCUCAAGAAGAUUGAGGCCCAGCGAGAGGCUAAAACAUUUCUCCGAUAUCUAAAGUUCGAGGAUUGGGAAAACACUCCGGUUAGUGAACUGACCAUGGGACAGAGGAGAGUGGUGCAGUUUCUAUGCGCUUUCGCUGGCGGCACCCAGAUUGUCGUUCUCGACAAGCCGUUCGAUGGAAUUGAUGAGCCCCGCACCAGUUUGUUCUACAGUUUCAUACUGAAUCAAAAGGAGAACCGGUCCAUUUUCUUCACCUCCAAUAGUCAAAAAGUGGCCACCGUAAUCGCCGAUCGGAUUUUCGUUCUUUCCAAGGGCAAUCUCCAGGCAUUUGGGACUGAAAAGAGGCUGUGCAGGACUUUGAACGAGGCCUAUCGCUUGAUUCUUUUCGGCAACGAGAACUGCAAUAUCCAGGAGGUGCACCUGUUCCUGGCGAACUUUAUACCGGAAAUUGAGAUGGACUCCACCUUGGGUGACUCCGCAUCCUUCGUUGUCAAGCACAGAAACCAUACCGAACUUAUUCAGUUGAUCGACAACCUGACCAGAUUCAAAAAUGAACUAAACGUAUACAGCUUCGAAAUUCAUCAGUGCAGCAUUGACGACAUUUUAAUCAGCUUGUACACGCGUGAGAAAAAGUCGAGUCUUGGCUUUGAAGAGUCCAGAUUCCAAACAUUUGCAGCGAGCAGGCUGACCGCAAAGAGGAGAUUUGUAACCCCGAUCCUGCAUUUUCUGGAGGAGAUUCGGCAGCUGCUGACCGCCGAUACCCGAAACUGGUUUCUACCACUUCUGAAACUGACGCUGCCAUCGAUUGUGGUUGCCUGGACACUAAGUAUGCCAUAUUUCUGGUACAACUGCCGGCAACCAGGACACAUUGCCUUUCCCAUGUCCGAUCACAGAAAUGGCAUCAUACUAUUGCAAAAGAGUUCCCUACAAGGGGAACUACUAGCGGCAAGUGAGGAGUAUGCCAAAGUGGGGGUCACAGUGGUGGAGAAGGCGGUUGAUUUGACGACCUAUAUCUAUGACUACGAAUAUGACAACAGUUUGUUGUCGGACUUGGAUAUUCUGGAGGCGGCCAUAUUCUCAGAUGGCCAGAUCGGGGUGCUCUUCAAUGCGAAGUGGCCGCACACAGCUCCAGAUAGCUUGGCUCGGGCUAUGAACUCGCUGGCAGUUGCCUUCAUCGGUGCCGAGUCGGGCAUAAGGGUGGAACUGGAAGUGCUGCCCUUCGCGACCAUCCACACGCUGCAACUGCAUCUGAAUAUCGAUGGAUACGACCUGAUAUUCGCCAGCUGCCUGAGCUUCUGCUUCUGCUUCAUCUGGAGCAUACCCCUGCUCUACAUGACCCUGAGCAAGGCCGGUCGCUACAACUACGUGGAACUGAUUGCCGGCAUGCGGACUAUCGUACUGAUCCUGGCCUUCCUGACAUACGAUCUGUUGAUGGUGCUCUUCGCCCUGCUACCCAUAAACAUAGCCGUCAUAUUCUUUCACUGGGACUUGCUAAUGGAUGCCAACAUUCACAUGUACAGUGUCUAUGUCAUGUUCAUUAUUGCUGUGUGUGUGUUCAGCUUGAAUUUCUUGAUAUCCAUCUUGCCGAUCUCGGAUAUGCCAUUCGUGUAUCUAAAGGUGCUCAUUGUGUACUCAUUGGGCAUCUUGGUCUACAUAGCAGUGAAUGAACUGCGGCCAUUUACGGAUCCCAACAAGGCCUAUUUCCUUUUGCUGGACUUCCAUCCGUUCUAUGCCCUCUUGCACAACCUCAUGCGCAUUGCCAGCAUUUCCGAGAAGAUUUGGCUCUGCAGCGAUCGGCAAAUUUAUGAGACUAGUGUUCAUGCGGACCAGUGCCUCACGAUUCCCAAUUGUUGUGAUGCCGAUGCACGGAAGUUCUACUACUUCCGAUACCUGUGCUGUGUGUAUAUCCUGAUUGUCGUGGUGUGGAUCGCGAUUUUCUUAGUCCUCAAAUCGCAUAUGGUGAAGCGAAGGCCACGACAAGCGAAGUAUUUUUGGGAUAGUGAUCCGGAUAGCAAAUACGACCAGAACAUCCUGCACAUUAUGGAGCCCAACGAGCUGGAGAACACCUGGAUCCUGGAAAAAUCGCGUGUUAGCACCCUCGAACGCAACUACAUAGAAUCAAAAGCUCUGCAUGUGGAGCAUUUGAGCGUGUUCUUUGGCCUGAGAGCCGCAAUCAAGCACAUCGACAUCAUGGUCAAUCGCUAUCAGGUCUUGAGCGUUUUUGGCGCCAACGGAACCGGGAAAACUGUGCUGUUGAAGGCGAUCCUCGGAAUUUACACUCCCAGUUCGGGACGCAUAAUCACCUCCAACAAGGUGCCAUUCAAGUCGGAAGGCUCGGAAGCCUGCCAUAUGAUGGGUUACAGUGCCCAGGAAUUUCCAGUGAGGCGAUCGAUGACCAUAUUGGAGACGUGGGUCCUCGUACUGCGCAUUCGACGCUCCAAGAGGUUUUCCUUUAGGAAGGAGGCCACGGAAUUGUGCAAGAUCUUCGGGCUGUACAAGUAUCGCUACAACUCGCUUUCCAUCUGCAGUCAGGGCGUACUGAAAAGACUGAGCAUCGGCAUAGCCCUCAUAAGCGAUGCCGAACUCAUUUUGCUGGACGAUCCCUUUACCCAUCUGGACCUUAUGUCGCAGCGCAACAUGCUGCACAUCAUCCACGAUCUGCGCAGGCGUGGCCACACUGUGAUCUAUACCUGCAACGACACCGAGUUCUCCACGCCCGCGCUCCGAAUGGCUACCUUGAGCUAUUCAGGAAUCACAGUGAUUGGCGAGCGCGAGGAGCUACAGCAGAACUACUACUCAUCGUACUACAUGGUGGAGUCGAGAAUCCACUUGGUCGAGAUGGGCAGUCCCAUUGAUUUCGAUUCGCAAUCGACGGAAGCGAAUGAGGACAUUGUGGUGGCCACUUGGGAGAUAUUUCGGCAUAAGCAUCAGGAGCUCUCCACGGCUUGCAAUGACAACGAGGAUAGAUGGAAGUACCUAAAGCUGUGCGGACUCAUCGAAAAAAUAUUUCCACAUGCCAUUAUCAAGAAUGUUAGUUUUCCCAAGGUCUGCUUCUGGCUGUCCAGUCACAUGUACCCCAUGUCAAAGAUCGUCGAUGCCCUGCAUCGUAACAAUCACAUUUUCUAUUCCUUCUCAGUGUCUCAGCCAUCAGUAAACUCAGUGUUCCUUAGCAUUGCUACGCAGAAAAUACCCAAGGAUACAUUUACCUUCUAAGCGUUAUAUGUAAG